UGUGUGUGUGAGAGAGAGAGAGAGACGGACGGGUAUCAGCAUGGAUUAGUGAGUAAAGGUAAGCGUGUGUCUCUCCCUGUCGAGGCGGAUUUCCGUCCCUCUCCUCCUCCUCCUCUCUCUCCGGUCACACACACCGACCUGGUUUGAACCGCCGCCGCCGCCGUCUCUUCUCAUCCCGUCUCCUCCUCUGAACCACCCGCUGCUGCCGCUGCUGUCUCAUGGCGGCUCGUGUUUGUGUGUGAGAGUGUGUGUGUGAAUUGUUUUGGUGUUGGACAGUCGUGCGAUGCCAUUACUCCCUCAGGACGCUGAGAGAUUCGAUGGGCUGUCUCUACUCUACUGGAUGAUCAUGGGCCCACACGGCAUCAACCGAGCUGUACAGAGGCUGGAGUUCUGUGACUGCAAGAAGGGACUGGGUGUGAAAAUAAUCGGAGGUUACCGAGAGCUGACAGGAGAAGAGUUUGGUAUCUACAUCAAGCGGGUGAUAGCCGGUGGUUUGGCAGCGCUGGACGGUCGGCUUAAGUCAGGUGACCUGAUUUUGGAUGUCAAUAACAUCAGUCUGAUGGGGGUGACCAAUGAGAGGGCGGUGGAGAUCUUGAGGACAGCCUCGCUCUCUAAUCACAUGUCCCUGCUAAUCGCCAGAGAUGAAGAAUCCAGGAGGGAGUUUGCUGAGCUGAUGGAGAAAUAUGGCUCCAAUAACAUCCCAGCCUCAGGACGAAUCUCUCCUACUCAACUCUCCACAGGGAAGCUGACAGACACAGCCUCCUCUUCCUCCUCCUCCAGAUCGGAGAGCCCCCAGCUCCUCAGUCCUAAAGAGGGGGUCACCGCCUACACCCACGCCCCUUAUGUUGCCAACCCCCCCUACACCGUGCACACGCCCACGCACGCCUUCAGUGACAGUGUCAUUCAGUUGAUAUGCGUUGCCAAGGGAACAGGCCUGGGGGAUCGUCAUCAAGGGGGGAGCCCAAUCGUGCCGAAAGGACCAAUGGUGUUCAUUCAGGAAAUAGUGCCUGGAGGAGACUGCCAGAAGGACGGCAGGCUGCAGGUCGGGGACCAGCUGGUGUCCAUUAACAAAGAGUCCCUGAUCGGAGUGACGUAUGAGGAGGCUCGCAGCAUCCUGACACGCACAAAACUCAGGUCCAACACACCUGGCACCUGGGGACUUUUUCAAGGACAUCA